GAAGACAGAAGAAGAUGGCAGAAAAGAGAGGAAAGGAGAGGAAGAAAGUAGAGAGUACAGAAGUUAGGAAACUUGUUGAACCAGGUGAAUGGUUUAACCCAUAGGUAUGUGGCUUUCUGUAUAUUUUAAUAACAACAGAACAUUUUUAACUCUUACAACACCUGCGGGAAUUUUACAAAUGUAGAUUUCAAAUUUUUGAAAGAGUACACACAGAAAAAUAUUGUGAUUUCACUUAGCUUUUGUGCAUUAAAUAUUUUUAUGGUGAAAGAGAUGUUAGCUUGUUGUAGUCCAAAAGGAUUCCUAGGACAGUUACUAGUUAUGAUGAAAGUUGAACGUAUACUGAAAAGUUUCUGAGACAUCACUAGGAACAGAGCAGUCGAUAGAUAAAACCCAUAUUGAAUGGAUGGUGGAUGGAUGGAUGGAUGGAUGGAUGGAAUAGACUAAAUAGAAUAAAACAAGAAAGAAUGAGAAGUUGAACUUUUUCAUUUUUUUCUAAUCUGGUAAAAUAACCCAGAAAACACACACAGUUGAUGUAAUUUUAAGUAUUAAAAUGAAUUAUAAUUGAAGUGAUCGAAUAACAGGUGACUCUGAACUUUAUCGUUCCAUUAGGAGCUGAAAUAUACUACAACCAUUUUUAGAAGAGAAGAAACACUGACUCAUCACUGUAGAAAGGAAUUUGAAGUGAUAAAGUGCCAUGGAUCUGACUUAUAUUCCUGAAGACCUAACCAACUGUCCAAAGUUUGGAAAUAAAUCUUGUCCUCCCACCAACCGCCCUUUUAAUGUCCGGGUGGUAAUGUAUUCAGUUAUGACUGCAGCCAUGGUUAUCACUAUCUUUGGAAACUUGGUUAUAAUGAUUUCCAUAUCUCAUUUCAAACAGCUUCACUCUCCUACAAAUUUUCUGAUCCUCUCCAUGGCAACCACGGACUUUCUGCUGGGUUCUGUCAUUAUGCCAUACAGCAUGGUGCGAUCAGUAGAGAGCUGCUGGUAUUUUGGGGAUGGCUUUUGUAAAUUCCAUGCAAGCUUUGACAUGAUGCUAAGCCUCACCUCCAUUUUUCAUCUCUGUUCCAUUGCUAUUGAUCGAUUUUAUGCUGUAUGUUACCCUUUACACUACACGACCACGAUGACCAUCUCCAUGAUAAAGCGUCUAUUGGCAUUUUGCUGGUCAGCACCUGCUUUCUUUUCCUUCGGUUUAGUUCUAUCUGAAGCUAAUGUUUCUGGUAUGCAGAGUUAUGAAAUUCUUGUUGCUUGUUUCAAAUUCUGUGCACUUACUUUCAACAAAUUUUGGGGGACAGUAUUGUUCACUACCUGCUUCUUUACUCCUGGCUCUAUCAUGGUUGGUAUUUAUGGCAAAAUCUUUAUCGUUUCCAAACGACAUGCCCGGCUCAUCAGCAACAUGCCUGAAAACACAAAGGGGGAAGAGAAAAAAAACCUAUCCAAGAAAAAGGACAGGAAAGCAGCUAAGACCCUAGGUAUAGUAAUGGGAGUGUUUCUAGCUUGCUGGUUGCCUUGUUUUCUUGCAGUCUUGAUUGACCCGUAUUUAGACUACUCCACUCCCAUAAUAGUACUUGAUCUUCUAGUGUGGCUUGGAUACUUCAACUCCACUUGCAACCCCCUCAUUCACGGCUUUUUUUACCCAUGGUUUCGGAAAGCUCUUAAGCACAUAGUAUCAGGAAAAAUAUUUAGUUCUCAUUCAAAAACUACAAAUCUGUUUCCUGAAGCACACUACUAA